CGGCAUAGACUCAGUAGACUACUUCCGUAAUAGAUGUCUGUCUGGCCAGAGAGACGAGAGGCCACUGCGAGCUGAAAGUUCAGAAGAUCAUGUGUAGGAAGUGAGCGACGGCCAUGGAAGGGAAAGGUCCAUAUCGCAUCUAUGAUCCCGGUGGGAGUGAGGUUAAGGCCAGGGACGAGGCCGUAGGGGGUAGCAGCUAUCGACAGCUGCUGGAGGAGAACAGCAUGCUGAGGGAGCGAAUGAAGGGGCUCAAGAGUUUAGGUGAUUUGCUGGAGGAGUCUCAGUCGGAGGCGUUGAGGCUUCGGCAGCGAGUGGAGGAACUUGUGAGAGACAACGAGGCCUUAAAGUCCUCCAGCUUUGCCGCCAGUCUGUGCAUGGGAGGGCCCAUUCAGACUGAGACACAAAGCAAACCCUGUUUACACUCGACUGCAGAGAAGGAGGAGCUAAUGAGCUGUUUAGGAAAGACCCUUCAGCCGGAGAAGCCCAAUGAGGUGCUAUCAGAGUUUGAGGCAGUGAAUAUGGAGGGAAAUCACUCGGAAGCCAUGACGGCUGGCUUAGUGGCAGGAGCGAUCCCCCAUCUUCCUCAGGAGAACAACGAGCUGGCGAGCCAGCUGAAGAGACUCGAGAGCUCUUUUAGCAUAUUCGCCGAGGAGUCCAACCCCAACCAGCUCUUGGCCCACCUCGGCCGCAUGGCUGUGGAGUUUCACCACCUCUCCUCCAAGGUCCAAAAGAAUGAGCAGAGGACCUCCCUCCUACAGACUCUGUGCGAGCAGCUCAGACAGGAGAACAACGAGCUUCGAAAGAAAAUGGAAGAAGAUCAUCAUAUCAGGAAUCGAGACUUGGAACAGCUGAGGCAGGAGAAUCAGAAACUUAAGGAGCUGGUCACAGGAGGAGCGGCAGUAGCUGCGUCGCCAUCUGACACCGACACUCCGGAGGCCAAAGACGAGCCAGUUAAAGAGGGAUCAUCCGCCGUCCGACCUAAAAUGGAGGUCGCCACACCACAGAAGAGUGGAAAAUCUGCUGAGAAAAACCCAGUGAAACCAUGUGAUAUAGAGGUGUAUGAAAAGAAGAUCAAGCUUUUGGAGAAGCAGAGAAAGGAUGUUCUGGAGGUGAACAAGCAGUGGGACAUUCAGUGGAACUCCAUGAAGUCACAGUUUGAGCAGAAGAUCACAGACCUCAGGCAGCGACUGGCCGAGUCCCAGAAAACCGUGCUGGAGCUGGAGGCCGAGCGAGAGCAGAGGCAGCGCGACUACGACAAGAAGCUGCUGCUGGCCAAGUCCAAAAUUGAAAACGUUCAGGGGGAGAAGGAGUGUUUAAACUCUGAGACCACGGAGCUGAAGCAGAAGAUUCGUUAUCUGCAGGAUCAGCUGUUACCCCUCAGCAAACAGAGAGAGUACCAGGAGAAGGAGAUCCAACGCCUGAACAGGGCCUUAGAGGAAGCCUUAAACCUGCACGCCCCUUCAUCCUCCCAGCAACCUCCUGGUCAGGGGAACUUUGCAGACGCAGCUAAUAACCUGAAAAAGCAGGAACUUCUCACACAAAUCGCUGUUUUAAAAGAACAGGUGAAAAUCUUUGAAGAGGACUUCAGGAAAGAACGGAGUGACAGGGAGCGAAUGAAUGAGGAGAAAGAAGACUUGAGGCGGCAAGUUGAGCGACUCCAGGGUCAGAUUACUAAUUUAACAAAUCAGCUUCAUCAGGCGCAGAACGAGUGUCAGAGAGAACGAACCGAGAGGUGUAAGCUGGAGCGACUGCAGAUGCAGCAUCAUAAACAGGUGGGAACUCAGGGCCUGGAAGGCUGGCCCGUACACCUACCUCCCCGGAUGCCCAACGCAGCAGGCGCCACUGCGGCAGCAGCAGCACCGCCCCCUGCUCGAGACUUCCAGCCUGUGAACCCGGGUUUUCCUUGGCAGAUGUCAUUCCCUCAACCGCGAGGAACCAGAGCAGCAGUGGGAGAAAGUUCAAGACCACCACCAGAGAACGCAGAUCCGUCAGCAGCAGCAACAGCAACAGGGUUUGGGAAAAGGGAGAGACAGAACAUAGACCCUGGAAAGCACUAAAGCAUCACCCCCCCACCCCCACCCUACCUACCUAAUGGAGUCUGGGUAGUAGCAUGAAAUUGUUUUUAAGUUGGCAAGGUGUGACUGAGAUAUAAUUUUCCUACUGAACUGUAGAUAUCCUAUUGUAUUGUUGUUUAUACUUGCGUUUUAUAAGGCUAUUUGUGAAACACUUCGCUACAGUUAUUUUUUUUAUUAUCAGGAACUCUGGUCAUUUGUUAAAUAGGUUGGAAUAAUUAACUUUUUUCUUUUUCUUGUUCCAUAAAAUAUACCCAUGUAAUUGUCUCUGCAAGUAUACACCAACUUUAAUACUUAACUUUACUUGUAAGGUUACAGAAAGCCAUUCCCCAACACGAGUAGGACAACACACUCAUUCCAGCAACGGGUGGUUAUAUAGGUACACUGAAGCGUAGAGCUGAACAAUGUGAACGUUGAUUUAUGAGGAUUGCUACAGUCCCAUUGAUGUAAUAGAGCUGUCUAAUAUGUGUAACUGUUCAAAAGUGGUUGUUGAAAUACAAAAACCUGGGGACAUGAAUUUUGAUAGUAUCAUACCAAAAAAACAUGAUUGUGAUUGCUAAUAAUUUAUUUAUAACCUGCUGUUUUGCGUGUAAAUCAUUGUCUUCAGUAAUGCUGUUCUUUCUAUGUUGUUAGUGUAAUCCCGAUAUAUUGUAGCUCUUGACAUUGUAUGUUUGUAUCAGACACAAUGCACAGCACAUGCAGCCUUUUCUUUCCCCCAUGACGAUGGACCUAAUCUCAUACAUUUCUGCUUGAUUUGACCACUCGUUCCGAUAUUUACGUUCAUCUUACCGCAUCCUGUUGACCAUUUACAACAUUCAGAGGUCCCAGCACCGAUGUAUCAGAAGUUUCUAGAGUUAAACUUACUGAUCGUGUUGUUGCAGCCGCUGCUCCUCUAGAGGGAAACCUCUACUGGAACGUCUGGCUGCAAAACGCUGCAGCAUCAGAUCUAAAAAAAAUCCAAUCUAACAAAGACUCGCCUGUUUUUAACCAACACCCGUUUUAAGUUGCUGUAUUUCAAAUAGACGAAGGGCUUCAAAAAGUGUGAAUAGGACUUUUGAAAAUUGCUCAGUUUUUAUUUAAUGAUUUAGAAAAAUGGGUUAAAAAUCCUGAUUGGUGAGGGCUGAGAUGACACAUGAGCAGAGUUGCACUUUUGAAAGGUAUGCUGUAAUUUCUGGCAGUUGUAUUUUCCUGGUUUAAAGCCUUUUGAUUCGUUUUGCUGUAGGCAAAAAGCACAUGUAUGACUUUUUGUAUUUG